AUGCAGCCACUUACUCUCUUGGUCUUGCUUUUUGCUAGCACAUCUUUCGCAGCAACCACUACCACCACUUCAGCAGCAAAGGCCGCUUCGCCAGUAAAGAUUGCUACACCCAAAGUCCUCAAACCUGCAACUCCACCUACCGCAAAUGAUGUAAAAAACUCACUUGACAACUGGGCCACAUCUGUCAAUACUGUCAAUGAAUAUCUCGACGAUCCCAACAACUCCACGAAACUCAAGACCGCCAUCGCUUUCGCCAAAGAUGAACCCGUCCAACUCGCCACCCUGAUGAAAACUCCCAACCUCUCUCCAGACGGUAUCAAAUCCGCCAAAGUUCUCAUGGCCAAUUUUCCCUCCAUCGUCUCCAAUCUGCAAAAUGUGUAUACAGGAGUCAUGACCACGCAAGAUGCCACCAUGGCUGUAAAUUUCAAUCGAUGCUGCACCGUGCUCCCAAACAUCGGGAGUCUGUGGGCUGCAGCCACAAAUGCGAGUAAGGUGCAAGAGAGCCCGCCUCCAAAUCUGGAAGCGCAAUGUGGAAUGAUGAAUUGUAAUGCGGGAGUUAGUGGAGCGCAGACUCAGGCGAUGUCAAAUGUGACGGGGUCGGCAAUGGCGUCGGGUCUUGCUCGGGUGAGAUGA